AUGGCUACAGAACAAGAGGCUGAAGAAACUGUUUCUCAAGAGCUGCACAGUCCCUCUGAGCUGAGGAUCGUGCUGCUUGGGGGACGCUGUGCUGGGAAGAGUUCAUCCGGGAACACCAUCCUGGGCAGAAAAGAGUUUAAAUCUGGAAUCAUCUCCUCUGAAGUAACAAGGAAGUGUAAGAAGAGAACAGGAGAAGUGGCUGGGAGACGGGUCACUGUGGUCGACACUCCAGGCACAGUCCGGGUCGAGAUUGAGAGAUGUGUUUCUCUGUCUGCGCCGGGACCCCACGCUUUCCUCCUGGUGAUACCAGUGUAUUCAAAAUAUAUUAUUGACACUCACAGUGAUGAAUACUGGAAAGCUGUAGUUAAACACCUUUGCAAAUCCUUCGAUAAAGUCAAGCAGCUGUUUGGUGAGAGAGCCAUGAGGAACACAAUGAUCCUUUUCACCCGUGGGGAUUAUCUGGAAGGCAAGACGAUUGAGCAGCACAUUGAGGAAGCUGGUGAGGAGUUCCAGCAGCGUGUUGGGAAAUGUGGGAACAGGUAUCAUGUUCUCAACAAUAAGAAGAGGAGCGAUCACACUCAGGUCACACAGCUCCUGGACAAGAUAGACAACAUGGUGAAGGGAAGUGGAGGCUGCUACCUUCCAAAUGAGAUUUACCAGCAUGUAGAAGAAAUAAUUAGACUAAAGAAACAAGAGCUGAAUGAGAAACACAAAGAGGAACCAAGCAAGAAAGAAGAAGAAAUUAAACAUAAAUAUGAAGAGGAACUGAGGAGGAGUGAAGAGGAGAUGAAACAGAAAUAUGAAGAGGAACAGUGUAGGAGAGAAGAGGAGAUGAAACAGAAAUAUGAGGAGGAACAGAGCAGGAGAGAAGAGGAGAUGAAACAGAAAUAUGAAGAUGAACAGUGUAGGAGAGAAGAGGAGAUGAAACAGAAAUAUGAGGAGGAACAGAGUAGGAGAGAAGAGGAGAUGAAACAGAAAUAUGAGGAGGAACAGUGUAGGAGAGAAGAGGAGAUGAAACAGAAAUAUGAGAGAGAAGAGGAGCUGAUGGAAAAGUUGAGGAAGCAAAUGAAGGAAGAGGAGCUGGAGAAAGAUUCAGAGGAAUCCAAGCUUCCUGUCAGGAGAAGGAAAAGCAAUGACAUCUUCCCCCCCAGGAUGUUUGAAAGCAAAGUGGAGAACGAAUCAGAGGAAUCCAAGCUGCCUGUCAGGAGAAGAAAUAGCAACGAGCUCAUCAUCAACCCCAACAGUGAGUGA